AUGGCGGAUGAAGACAGUUUCGAAAUGGUUACGAACGAGCCGAAGACAGAAUCGCACCAAGAUAUGGAAGCUGUGAACCAGUCUUCAGACGACAGUUCCAGCGAAGAUGAAGAUCAUCGUGACGAAGAAACUGAAGCUAAGCUGUCUGAGUUAGGAAAGCAGAUAUCUCAAAACCCAUAUGUGUAUGACAACCACACAGAACGUAUUAAGCUCUUGAGGGAAAUGGGAGAUCUUCAGCGAUUGCGAGAUGCGCGGGAGGAAAUGGCACGCUGUUUUCCUCUUACAGAAGAGCUGUGGCUGGAUUGGUUGCAUGAUGAGAUUCCACUGGUGGCUGGUGAAGAGGAGAGAAAGAAAGUGGAAGAACUGUUUGAGAAGGCUUUCAAAGAUUACCAGUCUGUUCCCAUCUGGUUGGAGUAUGUGCAGUUUGCUAUUGGUCGUAUGGGAGACGUAGACGGAGUCUCAUCUGUUCGUGAUGCAUUCGAGAGGGCACUCACAGCUGUAGGAAUUCAUGUCAGUCAGGGGGCCAACAUUUGGGAAGCUUAUCGGGAGUUUGAGAAUGCCCUGUCUGCAGGUUUAAUGCCGGAACCUGGUGCUGUUGUUAGCAAGGAGCAGGAGGAGGCAUUUGCUGUUCAGAACCAGAGAGUUGUGUCCCUGUUUAAGAGACAGUUGGCAGUGCCUCUUCUUCAUAUGGAGAACACACUGCAGGAGUAUAAGGAGUGGCUUGGUCAGGAUUCUGUUGAUAAAGAAACACAAGCUAUAUUUGACAAGUCAAAUAAAGUGUUGGAGGAAGUCCAACCAUUUGAGGACAGAUUGCUGGCAACGAAGCCACCUAAUGUUGAUGUGUAUCAAGAGUAUAUUGAUUACGAGCUGAAGUCAGGCAAUCCAGUCAGGGUCCAGUGCAUCUUCGAGCGGGCUCUCAAGGAUAAUUGUCUGGUUGCAGAUCUCUGGUUGCAGUACACAAAAUAUCUGGACAAACUCAAGAUCAAGCAGCAGAUUAAAUCUGCAUACGAAAGAGCUGUUCGCAACUGUCCCUGGUCAUCUCAGCUAUGGGUCAACUAUUUACUGGCCAUGGAGAGGCAGAAUACAUCCUUUGCAAAAAUGAAAGAGCUUGCUGAUAAAGCCAUGUCCGUGGGUUUCACACAGUCUUCAGAUUAUCUGGCCGUGUGGGUUCAGUACCUUGACUACUUGAGGCGAUGCAUCAAGUGGAACGAAGGUCAUGAAGAGGAAUUGGAAACCUUCAGGUUAACAGCAGAAGCAGCAGCAAACAUGAUGUUUGAAAACUACGGCAAAGAUGGGGACCCAGAAGCUAUCCUACUGAGGACCUGGGCAUUUAUAGAAGCAAAGUUUUGUAAGAAUCAGGAGAAAGCCAGAGAAAUAUGGAACCAGAUCAUGCAGAGUGGCCACGGGGCAGAAGCCGGUCUUUGGCUGGAGUACUAUCGGCUGGAGAGGACAUUUGGGGACAACAAGCACUGUCGGAGGAUUCUACAGCGAGCUUUGAACUCUGUCACCGAUUGGCCAGAAUCAAUCACCAAAGCUUACAUAAACUUUGAAAGAGAAGAAGGUGAUUUAGAGCAGUACGAUACAGCAGUUGCUAAAUGUGAAGCACAGAUGGAGAGAAUCAACGAGCGUAGAGCUAAGGCAGCAGAGAAAGAAGCAGCCUUGCAAACUGCAAACAAGAAAGAUUCAGCCAACAAAAAGACUGGAAAGAAACAGAAAAUGGAUCUGAAAGGAGAAAACCAGAUUUUAGACUCCCACAAUCCAACAGAUGCGCAAACAGUAAAUAAAAAUAAAAGAAAGUUGGAGGUUUCCGACAAUGGUCCAACUGAGCAUGUGAUGUCCAGGGUAUCACAGAAUGAUGCAGAUGAGCCAAAGAAGAAGAAGCUUAAAGAAGGUGAUCAAACCGAGCACAAGCAGAACCAGGCAGACAGAGAAGGUCGUGUCCAUGGAGAAUCAGUCCAGCAUGACCCUUCUAAAGACAACAUCACAGCCUUCUUGUCAAAUCUAGACUUUUCUGUAGAAGAGGAUAAAAUCAGAGAGUUUUUCCAAAAGUGUGGAGAGAUCACCAGUAUUCGACUUGCCCGCAACUACAAGGGGAGGUCAAAAGGUUUCGGGUAUAUUGAGUUCACAGACAGUAAUUCUGUGCUAAAGGCGUUAAAACUGGACAGAGAAUUCAUCGACGGACGGCCUGUGUUUGUGUCUCGCUGCGAGGACCGGAGGUUAGCCAGGCCAACCCCUCAGUUUAAGUAUCCAACCAGACUGGAGAAAAGCAAGUUGUUUAUCAAAGGUCUGCCUUUCACAAUUACAAAAGAAGAUCUGGAGACCAUAUUUGGUGAGCAUGGAACCAUCAAAGAGAUACGCAUGGUCACCUACAGAAACGGAAGUCCCAAGGGGAUAGCUUACGUAGAGUAUGAUAAUGAGACAAAUGCAGCACAAGCAGUUUUAAAAACUGACGGACUGAAGAUUGAAGAUCAUGUCAUAUCUGUGGCCAUCAGCAACCCGCCGGAGCGCAAAACUCCACUGGCAACAAGACUAGAGACACCAGGUCUUCGUGUUGCCAGUUUGGGCAGUGGGAAGAAGGAGACAGAAUUCCGAGGUAAGGCACGGACACAGGUGUCACUGCUGCCCCGAGCUGUCAGACAGCAGCAGAAGCAGAUGGCAGCACCACCACCACAAGUCUCAACCAUACAGUCAGAAGAUUUAUCAUCAUCAGAGCCACAAGUGAAGAAAGAAACAGCUAUGAGCAAUGAUGAUUUCAGAAAACUGUUGAAUAAUUGA